AUGUCGGAAUGUAUGAUGUUGAAGAAGAAUCAAUGUCAAAUGCAGCUCAGAAGAUGUAUGAUGAAUAUUAUUAAUCAGUUAUGGACUUCAUAUUGGUUCCUUUUUUCUUUGUGGGCGUCCAAUGGUUUCUCAAUCCCGGUCACAGACAUGUUUAACGCCUCUACCGUCUGGGAAGGCAUUGUCUAUUCGAUCCUUAUGAUCAUCGCAAAAGGGCUAGUGAGCCUCGUUAUGUACUCCGAGUACUUCAUAAAAUCUUGGCAGAACCCAAAGAAGACUGCAUCAAGCCGUAUGCCAACGCAGCAAAAGGAGUUUUCAGCAGCUGCUAGUACCCGUCCACCACAUUAA